CGGUCCGGUCGAUUCUAGCAAUAUUCCUCGCCAUAAGUAAUUCCUAGUAAACCUGUGUAAUUCGUAUAAUUGUUUUGUAUCGUAUACUAAUUGGCAGUGAACAAUAAAAGUGCAACCCCUAAAUUAUAACGGAGUUUUGACUUUGCUGGAAUACAAAAAUUUUCAACGCCCACCACCACCACAAAGAAUAAUCGAAAACACAUAUUUUUUAUAUUGAGUUCUCAGUCUUUGAUCCUUCAACGCAUCAGGAACAAUACAGUAUGUUCCCCACUGUCUGCGCUGAUGCCUUUGGGCAAGCUGGUACUUGGAGCCUCGAACAACACUCUCCAAGAGCUACUCGUUACUCUCGGCACCAACAACUUAAAUGAGACAAAAUUGCACUUCAAAUACGUGAUAAAUCAAUUACUUCGUAUGGCCAAUGUUACGAUUAACAUCUAUAGCGUUAUAUAUGUCAACGACAAGUAUGAGAUCCAGAACAAGUUCACGGAUGAUGCUAUUGAAAUUUUCGGCGCAGGUGUCGGGAGUUUAAAUUUUAGUGAUCCUGCAAAAGCGGCUAAAAUAAUAAACAAAUGGGUCUCGAAACAAACAAAUGACACUAUCCAUAAAGUAAUAAAAGAAUCUGCAUUGACACCAGACGCAAAAAUCGUAUUGGUCAACGCCGUUUACUUUUCGGGUCAAUGGAGAUUUCCGUUUGAGAAAACACAAAAGGAAGUUUUUUACGCUCAAGGAGGACCGCAACAAGUAAACAUGAUGCUGACUGUAGCCGACUUCUUUUAUUACGAAAGCAAAUUUUUAAAAGCACAGGUAAUACAAUUACCAUAUUUAUGCUAUGAAGGAAUGACAAUGAUAAUAUUUCUUCCCAUAUCAAAUAGCUCUGAGGCUCUUGAAGUACUAUUAGAAACUAUCAAUGGAGCCCCGGCAGUACUUGACAGCGUUUUGAAAAGUAUGAAAAUUCACCGUGUCCAUGUCUCUUUACCGAGGUUUAAAAUUUACACCAAUUUCAAUCUAGGUGAACAAUAUGAAAAGGUUGGCCUAAAGAGUCUUUUCCACGAAGGUUUGAAUAAAAUGGUGAAGGAUAAAGAUAUAUUUGUCUCAAAGGCGGUCCAGACUGCCGUCAUACAAGUCAACGAAAACGGGACAAUGGCUGCUUCAGCAAGUACAACCGUCAAUAUGAUCUCAAACGAUGAAGAUGUGCCACCUGUUGCAAAAUUCAUUGCAAAUCAUCCAUUCCACUUUAUAGUCCUUGCAAGAAACGAGCAGUUGUUCUCUGGCGUGCUGAAUAAUAUACGUCAAGAAUAGUACAUCUACUCACAUACCCAAAGUCCGUCUUCACGGGUUUAUUGUGACAAGACUUCUACAUUAUCCAUAUUAUUAUGUAUUGUGAAUCUUUUUCGAGUUUAAGUUUCAUCAUAAUAUUUUGCUUUCUUGUUCUUUUUAUUGUAUCGAUGACAUACACUAUAAUGCCCGCCAUCAUGGUGAAUGGAGUUGCCCAGGGUACAUCGUGUGUGGAGGCUCCUUUCGUACCCCACUUCGUAGAUACCUUGAGUGAUUUAAACUGUAUGUACGAAAAUAUUUAGUGAUAACGGCAGAGGAAGCAAGACACGCGUUCAAAUCGUUUCUUUUUUAACAAUGCUUAAGUAAUGUUAGGUUUUGUUAUUAAAAUAAUGUUUGUGUAUGCCGUAUUAAAAUAAUGUUAGUAUGUUUGUGACUAACGAAUAAAGAUUGUUUUGUAUUGUAUGCAUUGCUGUUUCCUUUAGAUACAUUAGUGACGCGCGACGUGGUUCGGUGCGAGAACGAUGCUACACGGGCGCUACCAGUGCGUUCCGUCUUUGCAACUCUUUGAUUAUGCCGCACGAGCAAUGUUGUGUCGCAACAGGGCUACCACGGGGCAUCAGUCGCAUUGCUCAUGAAUCUGAUUUUAAUAGUCUGUAGGCGGUGGAUGAGCGCGGGACUCGCUUGUGCGAAGACGAUACUGGCGCACGUCA